GUUUGUUUUGUUUUCAAUUUUUAACCGGGUGUUGGAAAGUGUAGAUUUUUGGUUAAAAACUUGAAAACCGAAAAUAAUUUAUAAAAAAAACUUUUAAAUUGUUAUAAUACGGUAUCCAUUGAAUUUGCAGAAUGCCUCCUACAAAAAAAAAUGAUUGUGGUCUGAUAUUGUUUGACCUGAAAUCUCCCCAAAAGGAAAAACUCUUGUCUGGCCUUAUCAAAUUUGCCAGUUUAAAAUGGUUUUCUGGUUCCAGAGAUAUGUAUAGGCUGAUUUUAGUUAACUCCAAGAAAACGGAGAAUGAAAAAAACUACCCAAAUUUGUUUAAAACUGAUGUUGAUGAUUUUGUACCUCAGGAUAUUUUGAAUUGCAUUGAAGAAGCUGAAUCAGCAGAAGGAGACUGGCUUGAUGCUUUUUUAUUGUCAAUUUUUCAUUUAAAGCAAGCUAAUGACCUGCCUGGAACUACUUCUUUACAACUUGUAUUCUUCACAUCUUUGGAAAAGAGCAGUAAACUAAUAGAUGACAUAAAGCUGCAGAAAGUUAUAAAUGAACUGAAUGAAACUAAUAUUUUUGUAUACAUUAUUGGCCCUGAAGUAAAGAUGCCUUGCACCAUUACACAACCAGAAGCUGUUAAACAUUGUAUGAAGAAGUUAAUUGUUGAUAAAACAAACCCAUCACUAGUAGCUGCACAGAAGAUAGUACAGGAAACAAAAAACAGUGUGCUGUGUGACAUAAAUGUUGGCAUCAAUUUACUCCUUUCCUUCAAAAAAUCCCGUGGAACACAACCAUGGAAAGUGCCUAUUAGCUUUGGUACACAACUGGAAAUACCUGCUGUCACUGUGAGAGUCUUCAGAAAGGACCAAGCUCUCAGAUUGAGCUCUAAUGCCCCCAGAAGCAUGAAACCUGUACUUGUUGAAGAUCAAACUGUGGAAGUGGCCCAGGAAGAGAUUGUCAGAGGAAUAUCUAGGCAUGGGAGGUUUGUCCAAAUGGGUGACAAAGAAAUGUUCAAAAUAGAAAAUCCUAGGUGUUUUGAAAUACUUGGAUUCACAGAUAUGAAAUUUGUACCAGAAACCUAUAUGAGAGGAGAUGAUACAUUCUAUGUCCUUCCCAACAAUGAACUUGAAGAUGACAGCUGUGAGUUAUUCUAUCACUUGGUAAACGUACUGGCGGACCAAAAAAAAUACGGGAUAAUCAAGAAGGUCACCAACGCCAACUGCAUACCCAAAUAUAAUGUUCUAAUCCCCCGGCCGGACAUGAACCCGAAAUGUUUGGUUAUGGUAGGACUGCCCUUCGCCGAUGACGUCAGGAGACACAAGUUCGAGGCGCCCGAGCCGAGUAAAAUCAAACAAGAGGAAGAUUUUUUGGCGUUCUUGAAAAGUGUGGAUAUCACAAAUGAACAAAAGAAAGUGGACGUCCCUAUUGGUCCCUUGAUGAUGCUAGAAACGCAUGCAAUGCGAUUGGUCAAUGCUGCGGCAAAUAAAUUGGUCCGCAAAGAUCUCCAAGAUGUGGGCAUUGAUAAUUAUUUGGAUGUGGGGGGGACGAAUAAGUUGUUGGAAAAUAUUAGGAAAUCCUGGCCUGAAAGAACUGAGGAUAGCAGAAUCACAAAUCAGUCAUUCUAGGGUAGAAUAUCUGUUUUUACCAUUCAAUUUGUUUUAUUCCCAUAUUUAUGUUUUUUUAGAGAAAUUGAAUAUUUGAAACAGUUUUUUUAAUGAAAUUUUAUUCAAUCAAUGUUAACAAAAUGAAAUUAAUUGGUGUCAUAAUAAUUACAAUUUUAAUAUAACAUGUAUAACAAAUGGAAAAAUACCAUUGAAUCAACACUGUUUUGUGUUUUUUCAUAUAUCUAAGAGUAACAAUUUGUACAUUUCAGAGUUGAAUUGAAGAAAUAAAGUAAUUAAAUUAUCCC